AUGUAUAUUCGCAGAGUCUCGGUCGCUGUUCUUUCCGGGCUGGUGGGAUUUGGCGCAUGGUACACCUACAAAUACCAAGCCCGGAAUCAGACUGACGCGGGCUCGCAGGCGCAGCAGUCUACGGGGUUCACGACCUCUGGAAAUGUCUACGGCCCUCUGCCAGCUGGACAGCAAAGCGUCGAGAGGAAAACUGUCAUUGUUGGGCCGGACACAUUGUACACGCGUUCUAUCCCUGGCGACGAACCAAUAUCCAAAGACACGGACGAGUCGGGCAGGAAAGUCUUGGAAAUGUUGACACCGGAUCAAGCUACUCAGAAGCUGAGGAGGAACGAAGAAUCAUACCUGGUUGGACGCGGAAAUGGUGUUGUAAGAUACGAUGUUGUUCAGAUACCCAGCAACGAUCCCAUCGAAGACGACCAUGUGGAGAAAAUCAUCGAGCUACCUCAAUCGUUAGCCACUGCGACGAAGCAUGCCUCGAGUGAUUGGAUGUUCUGGGGAGUGUUUGAUGGCCAUUCGGGCUGGACGACCUCUGCGAAACUCCGACAGGUUCUGGUGAGCUUCGUCGCCCGCGAACUCAACUCGACGUACACUGCCGCCUUGGCCGAUCCAUCUGUCGGUACCCCUUCCUCUGAAGCCAUUGAAGCAGCCAUAAAGACUGGAUUCAACCGACUUGACCACGAAAUCGUACACGAAAGCGUGGAGAAGGUUCUGAAAGCCAACUCCAAGCUCGUCGCUGCCGAGGUCCUCGCACCAGCUCUCUCGGGAUCUUGCGCUCUCCUAUCCUUCUAUGACAGCAAGUCCAAGCUCCUCCGCGUAGCUUGCACUGGAGAUUCUCGUGCCAUUCUCGGUAGACGAGGGGAGUCGGGUAAAUGGGUAGCUACUCCCUUGUCCGUCGACCAAACCGGAGGCAAUCCGGAGGAGGAAGCCCGCAUGCGAAAGGAACAUCCGGGAGAACCCAACGUCGUCCGCAAUGGUCGAGUACUUGGAGGAUUGGAGCCGUCGCGUGCGUUUGGAGACGCUACAUACAAAUGGUCUCGCGAAGUUUCAGAGCGUCUCAAGCAAUCAUUUUUCGGGCGUACCCCUUCGCAACUCCUCCGUACUCCACCGUACGUGACUGCCGAGCCUGUUGUCACCACUACGAAGAUCCAGCCUGAGAAGGGCGAUUUUGUCGUCAUGGCCACUGAUGGUCUCUGGGAAAUGCUUACAAACGAGGAGGUUGUGGGACUUGUAGGUCAAUGGAUCGAGAAGCAAUCCGGGGAAGCAAAUGGGAGUUCCUGGGCGAAGAUGUUUGGUCAGCCGAAGGGCCUGCCGGUCGAGCAAAGUGCCAAGAAUCAUGGUGCAAAUGAUGGUCAGAAGACGCCCAUCAGACAACAGCAAUGGGGUGUGAAGGGGGGCGAGUCCGAGAGGUUCGUCGUGGAGGACAAGAACGUUGCUACGCAUCUGGUCAGGAACGCCUUGGGUGGGAAGGACAAAGAUGUUCUCUGCGCGUUGUUGACACUGCCGUCGCCGUAUUCUCGGCGGUACAGGGACGACUUGACUGUGCAGGUCAUCUUCUUCGGCGACAGCGACAAGGGUGGAGAUGUGGUAUUGAACAGGGAAGCCAGUGCAACCGCCAGUGAUGUGAAGGCCAAGCUGUGA